CGGCAACAGGAUCGAACGCUUGAUGCAUGCCCAACCAACCAGCACUUGAUUCUUGGACUCUGCACUUCUGCAGCGAGCUCAAGUUACUCGAGAGUUCAGAAGUUACUAACCUAGAACAAUACUACCCAUGCUUGUGAGUAAAAAGAGAAAGGCUUGCUGAAUUGAAGUAAAGACAUGUCCAAAUCUACACCUGUUAAAGCAAGCAAGAAUGUUGAAUUGAAGAAACAAUCUGCAGCCAUCUUACCAAUAGCAAAUGGCCAUGGUAGUAAGAAGGAAGCGGUUAAUGGAGAGGAUACUGGCCAUGAUGUCAAAUGCACUAGCACUUGGAUCUGUAGAAAUUUGGCCUGCAAAGCUGUUAUAACAUCUGAAGAUUCUUUCUGCAAGAGGUGCUCAUGUUGUAUUUGCCAUCAGUUUGAUGACAAUAAGGAUCCUAGUCUAUGGUUGGUUUGUGCAUCUGAAAAUGAUGACAAACAGUGUUGUGGUUCUUCUUGCCAUAUUGAGUGUGCCUUCCGACACAAGAGGGUGGGAUGCUUUGAUAUAGGGAAAAUUAUUCAUCUUGAUGGGAGUUAUUCUUGUGCUUCAUGUGGGAAGGUUUCUGGAAUACUAAGUUAUUGGAGAAGGCAACUAGUGGUUGCAAAAGAGGCUCGUCGAGUAGAUAUUCUCUGCCAUCGCAUUUAUGUCAGUUAUCGGCUAUUGAAGGGGACGAGCUGUCAUAAAGAAUUGCAUGACAUUAUUGAAGAUGCAAAAGCAAAACUCGAAUGUGAGGUUGGUCCACUUGAUGGAAUGUCGGCAAAGAUGGCACGUGGUAUUGUAAGCAGGUUGUCUGGUGGUAGUGAUAUACUGAAACUUUGCUCUCUAGCAAUUCAAAGAGCUGAUGAGUGGUUGAGUUCUCCAGAUUUGCAUCUUCGAGAUUCAUUACCUGCUGCGUGCAGAUUCAGAUUUGAAGACAUUGCAUCUUCUUCCCUUGUUAUCAUCUUAAAGGAAACUAAAGUAGCAUCAUCGGACACCAUCAAAGGUUAUAAGCUAUGGCACUGGAAGAGCAGAGAGCAACCAAGCAUGGAUGAGCCUGUAAUUUUGUCGAAAGAUCAACGAAAAAUACUUGUUUAUAACCUUGCUACAUGCACAGAGUAUUCCUUUAGAGUUAUAUCAUUCACAGAUGAUGGGAUCCUUGGGCAUUCUGAAGCUAAAUGUUAUACUGGGAGCAACGAGCUACUUACCAAUCGUGCGACGCAGAAUGCAAUGGCUAUAUGCCUGCAGAAGCAGAGAAGAGAUGGGAACCAGGCUUCUAAGUCCAGUGGAUUCAGGAUCCGAGAUGUUGGAAGGAUCUUGCGUCGAGCUUGGGCUGAAGAAGGCUAUUUUGAGGAUGUGUAUGAAGGUUCUUGUGACAGAAGUGCCACAGAAGCAGAGCAACAAGAAGACAGUGAACAGGGUCAUAUGUUAUCUGGUGCUUGUCGCAGGCUUCAGUUCAACACAUUUUCUGUUCCUGACCUAAAUGUCGAGGCGCCCAUGCCCAUGGACAUAGACUCUUCCCCUGACAAGUGCCAUGAUUUAAAUAACGGACUUCUAAAAUCAAAUGGCAGUGGUGGCUCUGAGGCUUGUGCAGCAGCCAGGAGUGCGGAACCGCCUGCUGUUGAAUCUCGUCCAGGGGGCAAGGCAAAGCAACGCCAUGAUGUGCAUAAUGUAAGCUGUGAGCAGGAUGGAGUUUUGGCCAUCUGCCGCCAAAAACAACUUCAGAAAAGACCUACAGAGUUGGAUGAGGACUACGAGCACUGCGUGAAGGUGAUACGGUCAUUGGAGUGCGAGGGGCACAUAGAGACUGAUUUCCGAAUGAAGUUUUUGACUUGGCUGAGUCUAAGGUCGACGGAGAAUGAACAUAGGGUCGUCAGCACAUUCAUCAAAACACUAAAUAAGGAACCAAGUUGCCUGGCUGAGCAGCUUGUUGAUUCUUUUGGAGAAAUUGUAAACUGCAAGAGACCGAAAACAGGUCUCUGCAAUGAGCUAUGCCAUUUGGACAAAAGAUAAACUCGAGAUUUCACUAACUCAUUGAUAAUCUACAGUUUUCAGAUCAAAUUCAGUGAAAUCUGAUUGCUUUUGAUCGCCCGGAAUGAGAAUGCUCGUUCGGUUCAUUCCAUACCAGAUCAGAACGUGCACAAUUUUCGUACAUCAACAUUGCCAUUCCGAGCCUGUGGAAAUAGGAUUUUUGGUUUACUUAGAAAUUCCUAUCUUCAUAAUUCUACUUAGGAAAAUUAUUUUAGGGAGAAAAUAGAUUGCAUUGGAAGAUUCCCUUUCCACCAAGAAAUAGUGGAAAUAAUUUCCUCUUCUUUUUUGUUUAGUACUUUCUAGUUUUCUGUCAGAGUACUGGAACUAUCUUAUAUGAUGUCAUGUAUGGCUUACAUCUG